AUGUCUAAGAGGCCGCGGUCUGAUGGUGAGUCGGAGGAUGAUUUCAUUGACUGGCUUGAUUUUGUGCGCUCACUGGUUGUGAGCGACCCGGGGCCAGUAAACUAUCAAGAGUUGCUGCAUUGGCCUGGAGUGGUGUUGACCCGCCUUGCGAAUGUGGAUAUGCUAGAUAUCCUAGAGGAGAAGUUUUCAUCAGGCAUUGAGAUUACGACUUCAUAUUCUGGAGUGGGUUCACCAGAGACUGCGCUUGGCUUUCUUCAGCAGGCUUUGGGCCGCUAUGGCUGUGAAACAGGGACCUUGAAGGUGCACAGCGCGACAGAGUACUCAAAGCAUUGCCAGAGAAUCCUCGCGAAUCACGUGGAUGGUCCAUCAAAAGCUGAAUGUAUCUUCAGUGACUUGCGAGCAGUCGUGCCAGAUGAGGUUAUUCAGAACAUGCGUGCAGUGCGACAAGCGUACUUGAAAAGGUACACAUACCAGGUCCAUUCCAAUAAAGUACCUGCGGCUAUGGCUAUCAAGCGCCUAGGUGUGGACUUUGUGCGGCAUGUUUGGCCAGACUUCAUGCGAGCAGCAAUCAGUCCAACGGCCUUUUGCCUGUGUCACAACAAGGCGUGCUUGACAGGCACCUCGCAGAACAGGUCAGGUGUUCUAAGAGGAAACACAGCGGGCUUUACUUGUGUUGAUUGGUCAAACCUUGGCAACCAGCUUGGAUGGCUUGGUGAAUCAGCGGAAACGUUUUUGAGUUGUUUGGCUGACCAGCUGGUCAACCACAAGCCUGAUUUCAUCCUUGGAGAGUGUGUUGAGGGCUUCGAUACAGACAUGCUGGGUGAGCUGACGAAGGAUUGGUAUACCCUUCUUCCAUUGUCCAUCAGUCCUGAAAUGUUUGGCUUUCCAGCCACAAGAAAGCGGCUUUACAUGAUUCUUUUGCGGAAAGGUGUUCUGUCUUGGCACAGGCAAGUGCAGCGAGGAGACCCCGCUUCACUGUUCUUCACCUUGUUCAGUCGGCCGCUGUCUCUGUGUGGAGAAGUGUACUUCAAUGCGCCGCCUGAGUAUGUCGCACGCUUUCAUGCAGAAUGGGCCAAGAGCAAGCACUUACCAGAGCUUCAAGCAGAUGGGUCAAGUUGGACCACCAAGUCGAAGUGUCGACAGCAUGCCAAAGUGGAUCGGGCUGAGAAGCCGUUCUUUGUGAUGAACACUACCCAAUCAUGUGAGAUCCGGUUGUUGUGUCCACAUUUGCUGGCGCGGCAAGGCAACAGCGGUGCCUCUUCAAAUGGCCAAGGAAAACGGCAGAAGACUAAGAAGGAAGAGAAUGACCCUGUGGAGGAGAAGACCAAAAAGUGCAAACGGUGCAAGAAGGGAAGACCAGUGUCAGAGUUUUUUCAGGGUCACGGAAAUUGUAAAGGGUGCAGCAAAGACCUCAAGAACCUUGAGAACCAGGCCAAGGCAGCAAAGGAGCUGGAAUGGUUCAGAUCCCUCAAUGACCAGCAGCUCGACUCCCUGGUCGUUGCCUACAACAAAGAGAAGCUCAAGGCUGAGAAAGAACGCCGUCGUGUGAAAUUCAACAUGACAACUUACAAGGUUCGUGUCUUGAGUGCCAGUGGUGUGCGGCGUGAAGCCCGCAGGGGGGGAAAUUUGACGAAGUCUCAGGCUGAACGGAAAUGGCAGGAGUACAAGGAUGACCCUUACCUCGUGGCUGAGGGUGAAGGGAAAGACAUGAAAUUGCCGAUCCACUACACAACAGACAUCGUAGACUACGACGAUGUUGCCAGCCAGCGUGAGAUUGAGCAGCAGCAGAAGAACGCCAUGGACGCGGACAAGAAUGGAAUCAAGUUUGACCGGGUGAAAGUGGCAGCCGGACAAAGCUGUGGUGGCGAUGGCGAGGUGCCUGUGCUGACAGUUGGCAAAGUUUCAGAUUUGAUGAAGCGAAGGCCAAAGGGUUCUGACCAGGCCACAGAUGGCCAAGAUGAUGAGGGCCAGGCAGAAGUUGCUGAGCAGGAGAAUGCGGAAGAGAAGGACAAAGAAGAGAAGUGGUUUGACGCU